AUGCAACUUGCUCAUUUCAGGCUUGUCGUAGUGGUUUGCGGUGAACGUGUAAUGGCUGUAGUGUGCCCGCUAAAAGCUCGUUCUUUUUGGAGUACCAAAGCUCUAAAAGCUAUCUGCGCAUCAAUUCUGAUCUUCGCUGUAAUUCUCUCGAUGCAUUCACACAUUACACAUCGUGUACAAGACGUUCUGUUGAAUAUUACUGUGGUGGACAAAGAUGGCGUUCCAAGACAACAGCUGAGAAAGACACAACAAGCGGUUCUCAGAGAGGGCAUGCAACAGUACUGGCAUUUGGCCGUUUCACUCGAUAUUAUAUUCCUCGUUCUGCUACCUGUUUUUCUGGUGAUUACCGCGAAUAUGCUUCUCGUAAGUGCUUCAUUCCAUUCAUCAUCGAAUUAUGACUUUUCUUUUCAAGCAUUAUCCACUAAGUGCACAACUUAUCUAUCCCAUUGA